AUGAAUCAUGUCCCAUCGCUGUUGUCCCAACCUGAGAAAUCCAUCGUAAGACGUGUCACACGGCUGGUGAAGACGGUCGUCCGCCCAGAUGAAGUUACCGCCGCGGAUUUGAAAAAGCCAUCCAAAUGGACUGAGAGCUACAAAAGUUUGCUCACUAUCAAAAAGGCUUUGGAUAACCGAGCCAAACAACCAGGAGCUAGGGUCUACGAUUUUCGUAUGUUUGAUCUGGUUUUGGGAAACUCAAAGCCAACACGUUCAAAAGACGAGAAAGAAGGCUCAGUUAGCAGCAAUCCUUUCUUACAGAGUAUAAUACCUCCACUAGUAGAGCAAGCCUACAGUCUCAUUCAAAGCUUCGAAGGCAAAUCAAAAGAAGUGGGCGAUUCGUCUAACAUCAAAUUUCUGAGGUAAAA